AUGGUUGACCUUCCCCCAGAUUUGGUGUUGGAGACAAUUCGAGAUGGAUUGUUUGUUCGUUUUGCCCAAGUUGCUGCAGGAGCAAUCUUCGCCUACGACAUUCUUCUCAAUUUAGAUGACGAACUCAGAUACGUCUGGGCAGCCCUCGAUCCUCGAAAACGGCCGUUAAAAAGAGCGACCGUGUUCAACGUGAUAUACCUCGUACAAAGGUAUCUACCGUUUUGGGAUCGGUUUAUUCUGGCUGCGUAUGACAUUCAGGGCCCAUCCGACACAGAAUCAUGUGUGGUCACAUAUAAGAUGAGUGCAUGGAUUAUGCUUAUAGGAAUCACCCUUUCGGAAUGCAUUCUUGCAAUGCGGAUUUGGGCCGUUUGGCUGAAUAAACCUUCUGUUCUGGUUGUGGUGUUCUUGCUGGCGCUGCCAUGCUGGGCUCCUGCGGUGCUCUUCUAUGUGAGAUUUGUAGGAGGGUUUCAGUGCCUCGAACUCCAUAUGCCCGAGGUGGCACAACUUCGUGGUUGUUUUUGCACAAUGGGGAACAAGGAUCUAUACAUGAGUUGGGUCAUGCUAAUGGCCUUUAAUACCGCCGGUUUCAUCCUGAUGGCUAUACCUGGGCUCAAAGCCUAUAGGAGAGGUGGUAGAUUCAACCUAGUGAAGGUUAUUUAUCAAGAUGGCCUCAUGUACUACGCUGCAAUCUUCGUGCUGUCGUUGAUCAACGUUGUGAUCAUUUUCCAGCUGCCGUCCAGUUUUGUAAUCAUGUUCUCACCCCUUGAACGCGUCCUCCACUCCAUUAUCACCAGCCACGUAGUUCUUCACAUACGAAGAGUGGCUUCUCGGAAUUAUAUCCGGAACGGGGACGCGUUGAACGGAGCAACAACGGAAGAGCUUAUUACUGAGGACACCAUGACCGAGAUCCGUUUCGCUUCGAACGCCUUGCGAUCCAACUGUGACACAGCUUGA